AUGACAGAGGUUUCAGAUACGAAGAUGCAGCUGCCUAGUGAGAAAGACAAGUCCUCGUUCGAGGCUACUGGGGCCAGCGAGUCUCAGUCUGUAGACAUUCCAAGGCACACCAGCUUUGUCAAUGUUGUGGUCAUUGCCACGGCCUGUCUUGGUGGGUUUCUUUAUGGAUUCUCAGCAAACACUAUCUCGGGCACGCUUGCUCAAACCACAUUCAUCGCCAAGUUUCUCACGGGAUCGAAUGCUACUCAGAUUACAGAUGGACUCUUCGGAGGAUUCCUCGGUGGAGCAAUGGUCGGAUCUCUCGUUCAAGCUCCUGUCGCCAACAAAUUCGGACGAAAGAUCGCAAAUGCGUGCGCUUCCAUUAUCGUGCUUGUCUCGGCAGCACUUCAAGCCGGCUCUGUUAGUAUCGAGAUGUUCCUGACUGCUCGAGUUCUUUGUGGAAUUGGAGCUGGUAUGGUGCUCGCAAACACGCCUGUUUACAUGAGCGAGGUAUCCCCACCUCACAAUCGCGGUCUAUUGGUAGGACUUCAAGGAGUUGGCAUUGUAUCUGCAUAUAUCGUUGCCGCUAUUUGUGCCCUAGCGUUCAGCUUUGUGAAGUCUGCUAUUCAAUGGCGGUUGAACUUCAUCGUACUCGCCGUUAUAGCAUGCAUCCACCUUGGCUCGCUCUACUUUUUGCCAGAAUCCCCUCGCUGGUUGAUGGAAAAAGGUCGCGACGAGGAGGCAAAGAAAGUGCUUGAAUACCUCCACAAUACCGAGAGUGAUCCUGAUGCGACUUUCGCCCAAGCUGAAGCUGUUCAGAUCAAGGCACAGGUUGAAACUGAGAAGCUCCUUCCAAAGGGCUUUAUCUAUAUCUUCAGCACUCCACAUCUCAGAAAAAGAGCGUUUUGCUCCAUUCUUCUCUGGAUUAUGGGCCAAGGAACCGGUAUCACCGCCAUUGCAAACCUGGUUCCGACUUUCAUGGCCGGCCUUGGAUUUGGCACUACUCUGCAGUUGGGAUUGGGUGUUGUCUGGAGUGUGUGCGCGUUGAUUGGCUGUGGCUUCAACGUAGUUCUCCUUGAUCUGGUCGGUGGCUUUGGCAGCGCUGCGAUUCUCAGUGUCAUGGCAGCACUUGUCAAGUACUAUCUAGGAUCGACUAACCAGGCUGGAACCAACGCCCUCGUAGCUUUGUACUUCAUAUUUGGUGCUUUCUUCACUUCGACUGUCGAGUGUACCUCUUAUGUCUACGGCUCUGAAAUCUGGCCUACGCAUCUCCGAAGUGAAGGAUCGACUCUCGCCUAUGCCAGUUUCUUUGGAAACGCAAUCGCAUAUAGUGCUCCGGUUUCUGUGGCUCUCAAGAACAUUGGAUGGGAAUUCUAUAUGAUUCUCGUCUCAGUUACCGUUGUUAGCGCAAUAGGUAUUGCGUUUUACUUCCCAGAGACCAUGGGCCUGUCAUUGGAAGAAAUCAAUCACAAGUUUGGAGAUGCGGUGGAGGUUGAGCUCAAGGACGCCUUUGUUACUGAAACUCACGGAGCGGUUUUGGUAAACAGUGUCGAAAGUUCAAAGCCUGAAUAG